CAGCUGUUUGCACUUUGCAGCUGUUAUGUGUGCAUGUCACUAUCUAUGUCAGCAUGUGUGUGCAACUUGAAACUUUUUUUUUUAUUUAAAUAUUAUUAAACAUUAUAACUAUGUUCAAUACUUAAACAAUUGAUUUUUAAAAAUAAUUCAUUCAAACGUAUUAAGCAAUAAUCAUCUCACCGGUUUAAAGAAUCAUUAUUUCGACAUUAACAGUUGUUGUGUUUAUUCUGUUUAAAUAAUAUUAGUGACAACAUAAAUUCAACAUUUAUCUAUCCAUUAUGAUGAAAAAAUCAACUAACGACUGUCGUGGUGAAAACCAAGAUGUCGAGCAAGAUGUAAAAAAGCAAAACGACUCAUCAACGAUAAAAAGACAAAUCAUGGAUGACAGUAGUGAGACUCAUUUGCCAACUACAAAAAAAGAAUCUAAAACAGCUUCUAUUGUCAAUCGGUUAGACAUCGAAACGAGUUCAAAUCAAUUCUUCACAAUAUAUGUUAAAGCUGAAGUUGAUCAUUAUAUUAUUGAUACUUUAUCACCACAAUUACCAGGUCCUGCAUUGGUGACUGACCAAACACGGCAAUUGAAAGAUGAUUCAGAUGCUAUAUUACCGUUGACACCUCCGAAACCACCAGUAUCAGCAGCUGAACGUCAACGUCAAUGUCGUGCCAGAAAACGUGAACAACAAUUAAAAGAUAAUCCAGAUGCUAUAUUAUUAUUAACGUCUCGGAAACCACCAGUAUCAGCAGCUGAACGUCAACGUCAAUGUCGUGCCAGAAAACGUGAGCAACAAUUACAAGAUAAUCCAGAUGCUAUAUUAUCGUUAAAAUCUAAGAAACCACCAGUAUCAGCAGCUGAACGUCAGCGUCAAUGGCGUGCCAAAAAACGUGAACAAGAAUUACAAGAUAAUCCAGAUGCUAUAUUAUUGUUAAAAUCUAAGCAACCACGACUAUCAGCAGCUGAACGUACUCGACAAUGGCGUGCCAAAAAACGUGAACAAAAAUUACAAGAUAAUCCAGAUGCUAUAUUAUCAUUAACACUUCAGAAACCACGGCUAUCAGCAGCUGAACGUCAACGUCAAUGGCGUGCCAAAAAACGUGAACAAAAAUUACAAGAUAAUCCAGAUGCUAUAUUAUCAUUAACACUUCAGAAACCACGGCUAUCAGCAGCUGAACGUCAGCGUCAAUGGCGUGCCAAAAAACGUGAACAAGAAUUACAAGAUAAUCCAGAUGCUAUAUUAUCGUUAAAAUCUAAGCAACCACCACUAUCAGCAGCUGAACGUACUCGACAAUGGCGUGCCAAAAAACGUGAACAAAAAUUACAAGAUAAUCCGAAUGCUAUAUUAACACUUCAGAAACCACCAGUAUCAGCAGCUGAACGUCAACGUCAAUGGCGUGCCAAAAAACGUGAGCAACAAUUACAAGAUAAUCCAGAUGCCAUAUUAUCGUUAAAAUCUAAGCAACCACCACUAUCAGCAGCUGAACGUACUCGACAAUGGCGUGCCAAAAAACGUGAACAAAAAUUACAAGAUAAUCCAGAUGCUAUAUUAUCGUUAAAAUCUAAGCAACCACCACUAUCAGCAGCUGAACGUGCUCGAAAAUAUCGUGCCAGAAAACGUGAGCAACAAUUACAAGAUAAUCCAGAUGCUAUAUUAUCGUUGAAACCUCAGCAACCACCAGUAUUAGCAGCUGAGCGUGCUCGAAAAUAUCGUGCCCGGAGAAAAAAAUUGUUGGCGCAGCAACUUGAUACAAUUGAAGAUGAUCUUAUUAUUUAUGGUGAUGUGUCUCAAGAAUUUAAAAAAGAAAAUGACAAAUAAUAAAUAUGGGUACGCAUGCUCUGUUUGCGAAAGAUUGGGGUUUAAAAACGAUUUGGAAGCUGCAUCUUCAGAGUAUGAAAAUCUUCUGAAUACGAUUUUACCGGGAAUUGCAAUUGAUAACAUUAAAUUAUGCAACACUUGUCGAGUUUCAUUAAAAAAAAAAAAUUCCCACAAUGUCAACUUAUAAUGGCUAUAAACGUUGUAAACUCGUUAGUUAAUUUUUUAUUAUUUUUUAUUAUUAUUUUGAGGUUUUACUCAUCAAAAAAUCAUAAAGGCUCAAACGGUUGUUUGCUGAUUCCGAUUGAUAUUGACAGAGCAGAAUAAAUAACUUACCUAUAUGAAAAAAAAAAACAAUUUGAAUCAGUAAAAGCUAUUCAAAAAGAAAAAGAACAAAAAAAAAAU